UUGUGACUUCCUGGUUUCCAGCAAUAAUUUCCAAAAGGACAGUGCUCUUUCAUACCUUACCAUUUAUGGUUACAAAAGGCUUUGUAAUAGAGGGAUUAAGUUAGGAGUUCAGCCACAGCAAAGCAAACCCAGCGACAUACAGGAGAGGAAAAAGAAAAAUAAUAAAAAUCUCUUUCAGCUCUGAGCUCCACUACUAUCCCAAGUCUGUCAGGUAACAGACUUUUUUCAUCAGAAGAAGCAGCAUUUCAUCAAAAAUUAGGUUGUUCAAGUUUCACAACUCUAAAUCAUGCUGGGAAAGAAGUUGGUGACUGCACAAAAGCGAGGGGAGACAAGAGCCCUCUGCCUGGGACUGGGAAUGGUUGCCUGCUCCGUGAUGAUGUACUUUUUUAUUGGGAUCACCAUUGUGCCAUUUUUCACUAAGAGUGUUUGGACAACAGAAACUGUGUGCAAGGUACUCAAAGCCAACAUCAAGGACAAAGUUUUCUGCCCAAACAGCAAAGGCUCAGAGGAUGAGGAAAUCUUUCCUUAUCCCUGUCUACAGGUGUGGGUUAAUCUGACAGCUUCAGGCCAGGAGGUUAUGCUCUACCAGACUGAAGAUACAUUGGAAAGAAAUCCUAAGUGCUCAUACGUCCCAGACAAGUUGGAGAACUCCAAAGAAGUUAAAGCACGAAUAGAAACAAUUGCAAGCAAUUUCAAAAAACAUCAGACUUUCCCGUGUUACUAUGACCCAGGAGGAACACAGACCAAUGUCAUUUUAAGCAGACUUUAUCCCGCAAAAGGUCUCCUCUUUGCUUUCCUCUGGCCUACACUCAUGUUUACUGGUGGAUGUCUGAUUAUUGUCCUGGUAAAAAUUAGUCAGUAUGUUUCUGUUCUUUCUGCUUGGCAGUAAAAAAUACAUAUCUAGCAUAGAUUCUUGAGAUUGUUGGAAGAUAUUAAGACGCAUUUGUUCUGCCUGUCUUAUUGGCAUUUCGUGACCCUUAAUAUACCAGGUGUCAAUUCAAGGGCAGGCACUCCAAAAAAUUGAACAGCAACCUCUAUGGAUGGCAAUCCAUUACACAAGGACAAAAUAUAAAACUGAUUUCCAGGAAUGCCUGAAAAUACCUCAUAAACGCACAGACUUAGUUACUCUCUAUUGUUUCCCUGGGCUUUAGGAGGUAGAGAUGUUUACAAAGCUACAAUUCACAUUUACUAAACCUUUCUUCCAUGUUUUAGAUGGGGUGCUAGUUUUCUGUCUGGUUGAAAUCAGUUGGUGCCACAUCCAUAUACAUCAUCACUGGCAGACACACCCUUUAUACCCUUAUACACCAAUACAGUAUGUUCUCAUGGCAUACUCAUCUGUUGAGAAAAGUAGCUUUGUUACCGUGCAAAAAGGUGUAUUUCUUAUUAUGGAUCUCUCUGCUUUUGGGAAAGGGAAGGGAGAAAGCCCCUCAAAACAAAAAUACACAUACAGACUUCACAAAAUUUGCACUGUAAUUAUCUGACACCAAUUGUUUAUAAAGAAAUAUAUGCACAAAUUACAGGGUAUGGUAAAGAAGCCUAUACUAAAAGUAUGUUUUACUAUUUAACUCGAAUCUUAGCCUUUCCUUACUUGAGACAAGUGUGCCACUCAAGCAAGGCUAUCCAGCUGCCAUUUGCAUGGAUUAUAAAACUCAUACAAAAAGGAAGUUAUGAUAUAAAGAAUGUAGUGUCCUGGUUCUGGACAAGACAGGUUUAAUUUCUGCAGGAGCCAGGAGGGGGCAUGGCCAGGACCCAGAGGUUAUUCUCUAGCACCUCACCUCAUUUUUUGGAAAAUGGCUGCCUGCAGCUCGGGUAGCAUAGCAGAGGGAAUGGUUGAGUAUUGUCGGGGGUGAAAACUCAGGUGCAAACCAUUUCUUGUACACUCUUUUAUUAGUAUUGUUGCUGUUACUGUUCGUUGUCUUUUCAUUGCUGUUUCCAGGAAUUUGUUCUUAUCGCAA